UUGCGAAUAGUUGUUGUUUGCAGCUGCCUUUUUUGGGUGCUGGCCGAUGCGGGUGUCCCGUGUGGCCCUCAAAUGGAGUGUGUGCCCCAAGGGCUGUGCCAACCCAGCCUCAACUAUCAACAAUUCGGGUUUCAGCAAAGGGAAUGCGGGCUAGCGGAAGUCUGCUGUUCCAGUUCGCAAAUAAUGGCUGUUGGGCCACCGCUGAACUGCGGUGAGAGUAACCCCGGUGGACUGGACCCGCGGUUUCCGGCGGCAAUGGAUGGCCUGUCGAGACCGAACGAGUUUCCCUGGAUCGUGGCGCUGAUGGAGCGAAAGAAUAUCUUUGGAGCGGGCACUCUGGUGACCGAAAACGUGGUGGUGACCGCAGCGCACCUGCUGGUGGGCAGGACACCGAAUAGCUUCACAGUGGCCGCUGGCGUUUGGGACUUGGGCCAACUGUUCGGGGAUGCAGUUGCGACUCGGGCACCGGCCAAUAUCAUAACGCAUCCGGAGUUCAACGUGACCGCCAACAACAUUGCUCUGAUCAUCCUGGCCGACUCGUUUGAGCUGAAGCCCCACAUCCGCACCGUCUGCUGGCCGCCUCCAGGGGCGGCCUUCGAGGGGCAUCGCUGCACAGUCGCCGGCUGGGGCAGCCCUAACAUCAUGGUGCCGCACAACUCGCAGCGCCAGAAGAAGGUCGAUGUGCCCAUCGUGAACAGUGGCUUGUGCAAGAGACAAUUGGUGGAGUUCGGCCUGGAUGAGGCCUUCGAGAUCCAGCCCUCGGUGAUGUGCGCCGGCGGGGAAAGGGGGAAGGACGCCUGCGUGGGCGACGGGGGAUCCCCGCUCUUGUGCCCCGUUCCCGGUCACCCCACCUUCUACCAGUUCGUCGGCAUCGUCACCGCCGGCGUGUCCUGCGGCGAGGAGAACGUGCCGGCCUUCUACACAAGCAUCGCCAGCAUGAAGCCCUGGAUCGACUCGCACCUGGAGCAGGAGAUCAACAAGCCCUACAAGACCUUCCCCAUAUACAGCGUAGACGACUUUGAGUGAGGGAACUCAGCGAAGGCAGACCACUUCGAGCAGAAUUCUUAGCUCAUUUUGGUGCUGGUGAAAAAAAAAUAUUAAAUUAAACGCAACUCAAUAAGUCGCAUAAGAUAUAUACCAUUUAAAACCUAUUAUUUCAAAGGUUAAAAAUUUAUAUGAUUUAUAUGAUACGAAAAACUAAUUUCCAUCCAUUUAUAAUCAAUAAUUUAUUCGAGUUGCCUUUUCUAAGUGUGCCAAAUAUAUCAGAAACCUUUCGUUUAAUACCAAAAA